AUGCCGCUGUCAAAGUCUACAUUAACCUCUCAAGAAGGGAAAAAGUUUAUUAAAGAUUAUAUGAAACUGCAAUAUCGACCAUUUUCUGCUAAUGAUAUUCAGUUGAACUUGCAUAACCAAGUCACCAAAACAAAACUUGUACAAAUCUUGCAAGAAUUGGUUGUCGAGAAAGAGUUGAUUGUAAAAUCGGUUGGAAAGACAAAUUAUUAUUGCUACAAGGAACUCAAGGUUUCUUUUGAUUCUUGCAUCGAUAUUGAACAAGAAAUAAGUAUUGAAACUUAUUUAAAGGAAUUGAAUAAGGAUAUUGGUGUAUUGAACUCUGUGUCGGUAACAGUUAGUGCUGCUCCACUCGAUAGUGUCGGUCGGCCUCUAUGUGGUACAGUUGGAGUUGCAGUUGCAGGACCGGUGUCUGGUGUUGUGGUGGAUAAAAAGGGCUAUACAAUCUCGAUCUUAAUCGGUGGCAUUUUGAUCAUCACUGGGUACAUUGGUAUGAAAUACCAAUUGGACCAGGUCUGGAAUAAUCUACUUCUUUCCUGUUAUUGGAUAUUCUCAAUUGGCUUGGGUUCAACAUUUAUUAAUUCGGCUUGUCUCAAAUGCUGCGCCGUGGGUUUUCCCAGUAUACGUGGAGUGGCAACUUCGUUACCAUUGGCAUUAUAUGGCCUUAGUGCAUUGUUUUAUUCAGUAAUUGCAUCUACUUUUUACCCAGGAAAAACAUCAGAAUUCUUGGAGUUUCUAGCUCGUUCAAUUGUAAUCAUUUUUGUGGUAUGUGUCCCUAGCGUAUACAUUGCCGACCGGGACCACAAAUUGAAAGCAGCAUCAAAUUUUCAUGGCAAAAAAUCCAUCGGUAAUGAAGCUGGUGUCAUGAUGAUGAAUCAAAAGGAGAAUUUCUUGUUCACUAGCUAUAAAUUUUGGUUGCUUUUCGUGAUCACUGGUAUCCUAGCUGCUCUUGGACAGAUGUACAUCUAUUCUGUGGGAUACAUUGUCAAAGCUUUAGUUGGCUAUUCAUUAUCAAAAGUAGACGUUAACGACAAAAGUAUGGAAUUCUUGAAUCGUGUAGAUUUACUAGUACAACAAGAGCAACAACUUCACGUGGGACUCAUCUCAAUUGCAAACUGCCUUGGUCGAAUAUCAUCGGGGAUCUUGGGGGAUAUAAUCACUCAAUCAUUUGGCAAACCAAGAUCGUGGCUACUUGUAAUACCAGCAUUAGGUACAACCAUAUCUCAAAUCUUGUGUGGUAGUAUACAACACUAUUCCAAGCUUCAACUAAAUUCGUUUCUAAUUGGAUUUUUUUAUGGAUUUGUGUUUUGCAUCAUGCCAAUUAUUGUUGGUGAUACUUUUGGAAUGGAGAACUUCUCAUUCAAUUGGGGUAUGGUGAGUUUGGCUCCAAUUAUACCUAGUUAUUAUUUCACAAGUUUAUUUGGUGAAGUAUAUGAUGCAAACUCAAAUCUAAUUCCUGAUGAAUUGGGGAAGGAUAUGCAAAUUGAACCUGUACCAACAUCGGUAUUAAUGACUGGUUGCAAUUUAGGCUAUAAAUGUUAUAGUUCAGUUUUCAGGUUGACGUCGAUUGUAGGUUUUGUUGCUUUGACACUCGUGAUUGCGUUAAUUGCAGCAGGUCUAAUAUUCAAAAAGCGCAGUCAAUUACUAUCAUUACUGGAGAUUAGAGCAGAUGAGUUUAACACUGAAAAGAGACAAGUCAGACCAUCCUAG